AUGACCAUGCAAGAGGAAAAACAGGAUUCGACGGAAAAUCCUGCCGGGGUGAAGCUACAGCCGGCGGCGGCGGAGGAGGAGAAAACAGGGGAAGAUGAAGGAGAAGAAGAAGAAGCGUGCGAGAAAACAGGGGAUGGGUCGUCUCCGAGGGGGGUCCUGGAGAUCCCGAUAACGGGCUCGAGUUCGGGCUCGGGAUCAGACUCGGAGCAGGGCGUGGAGCGGAGCAGCAGCUUCGGGAGCGAGAAAUCUGGCGGCGGCGGCGGCGCGUGGGAGGUGAGCUACGGGACCUUGCACUGGAAGAAGCUGUUCGGGCAGAUCAAGAGGCGGUCAGCCAUGAAAUUCUCGACCAUACCGUUGCUCGGAGGCUACGGAUACGACCUGUCGAGGAAGGCGUUCCGGCGGAAGCUCCUUGGGAGGAACCGCAGCGCCGCCGAUGCCAUUGAUUGCGGGGAUUCCGUGGUGCCCAAGCCCUCAUGGAGGAAUUUCACCUACGAGGAACUCAAGCUGGCCACUGACAAUUUUAGCCCUGAGAAGCUUAUCGGCAAAGGUGGGCAUGCUGAGGUGUACAAAGGCCUCUUGCCGGACGGCCAAAUUGUGGCCGUGAAGAAGAUAACAAAGGAACAGAAGAACGACGAGGACAGGGUGGGUGACUUUUUAGCUGAACUCGGCAUUAUAGCUCACAUUGACCACCUAAACACCGCCAAGUUGAUCGGCUUUAGUGCCGACAGUGGAUUGCACCUCGUUCUACAGUUCGCUCCCUACGGGAGCCUAGCCACUGUUCUACAUGUAUCUGAAGAGAGCAUAGCAUGGAAAUUACGAUAUAAGGUGGCAACUGGUGUUGCUGAGGGAUUGCAGUAUCUGCAUUCUGAUUGCCAAAGGCGAAUAAUUCACAGAGACAUAACUGCCUCAAAUAUAUUACUGUCUGAAAAUUAUGUACCUCAGAUAUCUGACUUCGGGUUAGCAAAAUGGCUACCUGAGAAAUGGCUUCACCAUGUUGUAUCUCCAAUUGAAGGAACUUUUGGGUAUAUGGCUCCAGAAUAUUUCAUGCACGGGAUAGUACACGAGAAGACAGAUGUAUUUGCUUUCGGAGUCCUAUUGCUUGAGCUCAUCACAGGUCGUAGGGCGGUUGAUUCCAGUAGGCAAAGCCUUGUGUUAUGGGCAAAACCACAUCUCGAGCAAAACAAUGUGAAAGAAAUGGCGGAUCCUCGUCUAGGUGAAGAUUACGACAUUAUAGAAAUGAAAAGGGCCAUGUUUACGGCUUCAAUAUGCAUACAUCACUUGCCCAACUUGCGGCCCAACAUGACACGGGUUGUUCAGCUGUUGAGAGGUGAAAAUGAAGCAGUCGACGUAAAGCAAAAAUCGAUGGGGAUGAGAGCUUUGAUAUGGCCGCGGUUCUGGCCCGAAUUGGUGAACUGGCCCAGCCUGGCCCGUUCAGUAGAUUCUGAACCGACUCAGACCAUUGACCACGGGUUGUGA